AUGGUGCCAAAAUGACAGAUAAAAAUCCAAGACCACCAGAUUCACCUGACGAUGAUUUCACCAACCAAUGGCCUUUGGAGCUCUCCGAGUACUUGAAUUUUGAUGAUGAUCAAUGGCCAGACGAUUACCCGGAAUCAUUUGUUUCGGGGCAUGUCUUCAGCCAUAACAAUCAAGCCAAUGAAGUUGGUAACUUUGGAGGAAGUAGCACCCACUUUGAAGAGUCUUCUAGCAGAGACGUUGGCAAUGAACGUGAGAAGAAGGAAGUCAGAGAUAGAGUUGCAUUCAAAACAAAGUCAGAGGUAGAAAUACUGGACGACGGGUUCAAGUGGAGGAAGUACGGAAAGAAAAUGGUGAAAAACAGCCCCAAUCCAAGGAACUACUAUAGGUGUUCAGUGGACGGAUGCCAGGUCAAAAAGAGAGUUGAAAGAGACAAGGAUGAUCCAAGGUAUGUAAUAACAACCUACGAAGGCAUCCACAAUCACCAGAAUUGUAUCUAAGUAGAAAAUUAAGGAGGUUUGCAGUUUCGUGGGCCAUAGCCACAACCCCUGCGCACGUGCUCUUGUAAAGUUUUAUGACUUGAGGCAUGUCGACAAUUAUCAGAGUUAGUAAAUUUUUUUUAUGAAAAAUUGGACUUUAAGGGCUAUGAAAAUCAAACAGAAGAAACUUGCUUGUUUCCUCUCCACGACAAUGGAUUUCGGAAGGUACCAUAUUUCUAAACAAUAGAACAUAGAGCAGAAACUAUUGAGUAUAAAUGAUUUCAUGAAGUGAAUAAAUUAAGGUUGACACAACUAUCAGGAGGAUAUAACGAAAAAGGACAAUCAGAUUUCCCCUUGUUGUAUACCCUAUUUUCGCAUUGCGAACUUAUGUAUAAAAUGAUUUCCCCUUGUUGUAUAAAAUGAUUGUUAAACACCCUUAGGCAUCUAUCAGAUAGCAAGAAAGAUAAAGAGAAACAAGAGGAUUGAGAAAAUGUUUUUAAUUUAUGAGUGUUCAAAUAUUAUCAUUUUUUUAAUGUA